AUGGACCCACACAAACGUGUUCCCAUCCGUUGGCUUGCUCCUGAAACACUAAAAAUGGCCAUUUACACACAGAAAACUGACGUUUUCAGUUAUGGAAUCAUGUGUUGGGAAAUUUACAAUAAUGGUAUUGAGCCAUAUCCCGGUAUGACAGUUGCAGAAGUUAACCAAAAUGUUAAAGAGGGAUACAGAAUGGAACUUCCUAUGAACGUUCCUCCAGAUGUCCAAAAUAUUAUUAAAGUGAGAUGUUGGUCAGAGAACCCGAAUGACCGCUAUUCCAUGGCAGAUAUAGCAAAGCACCUUCAACGUAUGUUACAAAUACCACGUCCAGAUUUCGCCGCGAUACGUGCAGCUAGAAUGGCUGCAGAGGCGGCACAACCAGCCAAUUCAGGCCCAGCAGCAGGAGCAGCAGUGACACCAGGAGCAAGACGUCGUGUUUCUGGAGUUCCGCAAAGAUCUCUGCAAAGGCCUGAUCCGCGUGCAGUAUCGCCAACUUAUCCUCCGGCGGCUGGAGGGGGCUUUUUCCGUAGAGGUCGCUCUGUGAAAUCUGCAACUGCUCCGCAGCAACGCCGGGUAGAUUUACUUUUUUCCGAAAAUAAUCUUGUCAGCGUGAGUGAAAUUAUGCCCAAAAAUUAG